AUGGCCUUCAACAGUCCGCUGAUCGGCUCAAAUUACCCACGAAAAACGCGCGACAAGCAUCCUCGUAUGACACAUGAGAAGCACGCGUGCAAGAACGGAUUGGCCAAACACGUCGAGCAUCUUCUUUUUUAUGGCGCCGUCGUGGACGCGGAAAAUGUGAACGGCAACACUCCCCUACAUGUCUGCUCAGUCAACAAUCGGUACUGCUCUGAUUGCGCUCGAGUGCUUCUGUUUCGGGGGGCGAAUCAUCUGGCUGUGAAUAAGCAGGGACAGACCGCUUUACACGUCGCUCACAUCGUCGGCACCACUGCUGUCGCCGACGUCAUCGCUUCACACAACCCGUCUGCUAGUGUACCCUAUCGUGGAACUCCACAGUAUUCGACUCGGAGGAGACUGAACUCCAGCCUCUCCAAGCGUCGGUCACUUAGCCAGUCAUCGCUGUACAGUCAGGACAUCUACGGCACUCCCCAGUCGCAGAGAAGUAAACCACCUCAAGCAGCGCCUUCGCCGACUCCUUCACGCAUCAGUCAUUCCACCAUCACGCCCUCAGAAUACGGCACAAUGCGUCGAUUCACACCGGGCAUGGCUCCAGGGCACGAAGCCAAUGUACCUCGCAUCCUCGUGAUUCCCAGGGGUCCGAAGGGAUUCGGUUUUAUUCUCAGAGGAGCAAAACAUGUUACUUCUCCAAUGGAUUUUGAGCCAUCACCGUUGUCGCCGGCUCUUCAGUUCUUCGAAGGAGUGGACAUGUCUGGAAUGGCAAUGAGAGCAGGACUGCGGCCAGGUGAUUACUUGCUGGAAAUUGACGGCAUCGACGUGAGAAGUGCAAGUCAUGAACAAGUGGUGCACCUCAUUCAACAAGCCGGCGUGAUCACCGUCGAUCCUUCUCUUCCCAUGACUGCUGCCGCGAUGCCAUCUAGACCUCGUUCAGUUGGCAGUGGCUCGUACAUGGCUCCUCCACCACCGCCUCCUGUGAGGCAUCCAUCUACUUCGCUAUCACUUCGAGGAAGUCAAAGUCUCUACGGAUUCCACGGAGGGAAUGAGGAAUACUACGCACCUGGACAACUGCGUUCCAACUAUGGAGAAACUCGUUGCGCUUCAGUCAAGCAGAGGCACGGAGGAGGCCGACGGAUUUCGGCAGCCGAACUGGAGAGCCUAAUGAUUCGGCAAGGGGAGCGCCACAAUUAUCAGCCGAUUCCUUAUGAUCAGGAGUCCAUUGGCUCACAGACUCCGAAGAAAUACAACUCCGUAUCGGAUAUGAAGAGGCGAAAGCAGCGUGCGGCACCGUCGCCGCAAGGCCUUCAACGAUCCUAUGAUUAUCAGAACAAUCAACCGAUGAACUCCAUCUAUGGUUCACCGAUGAAGACGUAUUCGAGCUCUCCAGACAUUCCCCAUAUGAAUUCGUUUGAAUUGGCCGAAGACGAGACUUCGUCCACCACGUCGCAAAAUGAUGAUCGACUUGGAUACGUGCAGCAUUCUCAAAGUGGCGGUUACUUCCAGUCAGGCGGUGACUACACCAGGCCAUUUCGGCCUGCUUUUCGACCGAAAACGCCACCACCACCACCUCCUCCUCCUGUAAUGUCCAUACCACAUAAUCUUAGUUCGCAAAGGUUAGUCGUUACAGAAGGGUUUCGCGGAAAACGUGUGCAAGGUUCCGGAGGAUCAGGCUCCAUGCACAUUGUGCUUCCUUCUGCUCACGAUUCUGACCACACCCCGUCUCCACCUCCACUCCCACAGAGUUCUCCUCCUUCGAGUUCGAACUCGUCAAACUUCGUACCACCUCCUCCCCCUCCUCCACCUCCCAACUUACUGAAAAUACCUCCUGCAUCGUCAUCCACAGCUGAAGGAGUUACAAAGGCUGGGAUAUCUGUGGAGGCGCUCCGCUCAGUAGCGCUGAAAAAGGCGGAACCGGAAGAGAGGAAAAUCCAGAUACCAGUUGGCUUGGCGACGAGCGGAUCAGCUGAUUUCCAAGCUGACUUGAGGAACGCCUUGGCAAAACGGAGAAGCAAGGUGGCCCUAGAGCAAGAUGAGGAAGACAAAAGCGAUGUGGAUGGUCGGUUUGGCGGCUUGUCUCUCCGAGAGACAGUGAGAGAAAACGUUCAGACGAAGGACGUCAAGCAGCAUUCGCCACCAGGAAUAGCCAACAAAAAAGACAGCGGGUACACAUCAUCGAGAACCUCAUUGGAGCCAUCCGAGUACGGUGAGGAUCGCGCGGACGCGAAUACGCAUCGACCGCACUUUACCGUCGACGGUUCCGCUUCGCGGCACAACGUGGCCCUCAUCAGUCAGAACAUCGAGGACAACUACGGUGCUCGCAAAAACAUUGAUAAUAUGUCAGUGUCAUCUACGCUGAGUACGCUGUCGGGCUGCUCCUCCGAGUCUCGUCCCACUCCGUCACUGAUACCGGUCGUGCCUCCGGUCGACUACGACGAUCCCGAUUCCGGUACCGGUGGCUCUGACAGUGACACGCAAAAUGCGGAAAGUGGGUCAUUUGAAAGGAAAGUACUACUAAAAUGGACGUGCGCUGACGCCCUUCAGUGGCUAACUUCAUUGGGGCUCGACGAGUACUUGGCCGCAUUCCAAGCACGUCGAGUAGAUGGUAGAGCGCUUAUGAAUUGCGACCGUACUGCUUUUACGCAGUUGGGUGUCACUCGAAUCGCUCAUCGCCAGAAAAUGGAGGCGUCUCUUCGGCGGUACAUGGGCAGCAUGUGA